UUAUGGUGAUCUCGUGCAAGAAGCGGCAAGGUUGGAGGAAAACCCACAUAUAUCAUCUGUUUGCGCGGUAUUGGAAUUAGAGCCAGAACCAGUAUAUGCACCUAAUUGUGUAGGAACGGGAUGCGCAGUCGUUGUGAUUAUCGAGCAGAGAAAGAAAAAUAAGAAAGCCGAUAAAAAAUUCGCGUUGAUAGUCAUUUCCGCCGUUUGG